AGCGUAACACGCAUGCGCAAAGCCACAGCACACCACAUUCCCCGCUUCUCUUUCCCUACAGGCAAUCAUCCAAGAGCAAGUCACUUGCUGUAUACGUUCUCCAUGAUCGUCUGAAUACACAUACAUGGUGUUUUUUUUUUUAUCCUUUACAGUGUUUACGAGGAGUAACAAUCUGACCGUGAAGCUCCAUUAAUCUGAUAGUACACAGUAGAUGCUAAUUUCUUCACCAUGGCAACUGAAGACAAGAAACCAGAAACUGACACAAAACCUCCAGUAGCGCCGUCAGCAUCUGCCAGCCAAAGCAAGUCGGCACCUGCAAAGCCAAAUUACAGCCUGAAGUUCACAUUAGCGGGCCACACCAAAGCUGUGUCCUCUGUCAAAUUCAGUCCAAGUGGAGAAUGGCUCGCCAGCUCAUCUGCUGAUAAACUGAUCAAAAUCUGGGGCGCGUAUGACGGCAAGUUUGAGAAAACCAUAUCUGGACACAAACUUGGUAUAUCUGAUGUGGCCUGGUCCUCUGACUCCAACCUCCUGGUAUCUGCAUCAGACGACAAAACCCUGAAGAUUUGGGACGUCAGCUCGGGGAAGUGCUUAAAAACUCUGAAAGGUCACAGCAACUACGUCUUCUGCUGCAACUUCAACCCCCAGUCCAAUCUUAUUGUGUCAGGAUCGUUCGAUGAGAGUGUAAGGAUAUGGGACGUGAAGACUGGGAAAUGUCUGAAAACGCUGCCAGCUCAUUCUGAUCCAGUCUCUGCUGUUCACUUCAACAGAGACGGCUCUCUGAUCGUGUCCAGUAGCUACGAUGGCCUUUGUCGAAUCUGGGACACAGCAUCAGGGCAGUGUUUAAAGACACUGAUAGAUGACGACAACCCUCCUGUGUCGUUUGUAAAGUUUUCCCCCAAUGGGAAAUACAUCCUGGCUGCUACACUGGAUAACACGCUGAAGCUGUGGGACUACAGCAAAGGAAAGUGCUUGAAGACAUACACGGGCCAUAAAAAUGAGAAGUACUGCAUAUUUGCAAAUUUCUCUGUCACUGGCGGGAAGUGGAUCGUGUCGGGCUCAGAAGACAACAUGGUUUAUAUCUGGAACCUGCAGACGAAGGAGAUUGUGCAGAAACUCCAGGGCCACACAGAUGUUGUCAUUUCGACUGCCUGCCACCCCACAGAGAACAUCAUCGCAUCUGCGGCUUUAGAAAACGACAAAACCAUCAAGCUAUGGAAAAGCGACUGCUAAGCCAUUUUGGAUCUUUUGGGCCACUUGUGUUCCUUUUGUUUUUUUAUAUAUAUAUAUAAUUUUCCUACAUUUUAUUGUAAGACAGGAGGACUUUUGUUUUCUAACAGAGAGCUCCUGCUGGAUUGGAAGAAUGAAAUUAAACUCCAUGAAAUGUCAUGACAUUCAGCCAGAAGAACCAAACCAGACACAUCAUCCACACACAGUUCUGCAGCGGACGUUAUCCCCUCAUCAAAGCAUGUGCCAGAUUUCGAUGUCUCAUUAUGGAAAUUUGUGAUUGUUUUUUUUUUCCUCUCCCUCGUUUUACUUUGCAGCAAUAUUCUGGUGCUUCAGUAUUUUAUUUUUUUUAAACACUGCAUUAACCUCGAUGUCACUGCCUCAUAACAGUCUUCACAAGCACGAUUCUAGUCUUGUACAAUGAAUAUAAUGGUUAUUUGGUCCUUCGUGGUAUUUUAUUUUCUGCCUUUGUGUAACUCAGUAGUACCAUUUACAAUCAGUGACUUUAAAGUAAAGAGGUGACGGUAUACCUGAGGAUAACUACUUAAUACUUAAGGACUUCGGAUCUUAAGUGAGUGCUUUAUGCCCUAACAAGAUAUUUUAAAAAACUUUUUUUUUUUUUUUUUUUUAGGGCAACAAACCAGAAUUUGACACAAGUGCAAACAUUGAGAAUGUUUAAAAUUCUUCAAGAUUUGCUACAAAAAUCAAAAUGACCCUGAAUGACCUUUAAAAAAAAAAAAAGAAGUACUUACUAACACUUGACCGUUCACAACAGUGACCAAAUGCAGUUAUUGUGUUCCAGUAUUUGUACAUACAACAACGCCACGUGUCGCAGUUUGAUUACUUUAGCUGUCUUUGUGUUUUUGUUCUCUGCUUGACUAGCUGAUAGUUCUGCACAUGAAGCCAGCAGGCUGCUUUUCCUGUAGUUAACCUGGAUUCUAUGUAAAAUAUGUUCGCAUCUGACAGCUGUAAUUCACAUCUGAAUAAAAACAGUUUUUGUAUGUUUCA